GCUCACACUUUUUUCUCUCCUCUCUCUCUCUCUGUGCAACGGAGCACCACGAUGUGCACCGAACGCACACGUACGUGAACCACAACAACCGCAACAAACACAAAAAGUGGUAAAAUCUGCGUUCUUCCAUCUCUGUCUUUUUUUCUUCUUCUUUUCAGAUGAAUGUCGAUGUUUGCCUGGCAACGAACGCAUCGUGCAAAGGGUUUUACCUCCCCCCCUCCCCCUCAUGGCCAAAUCUCGGUUUGUGAUUCGAUAAAAACAACAACAAACGAGAUGACCGCUGCCGCAUAUUCGGGGCGAUGCGCGUGUGUUGUGCUAACUGAGCGGCUGUAUCGCGCACACAACAGCGCCGCAUGCGAGUCAGACGUUUCUCAGCUCGAGCAGGCACUCCACUGAGGCAACGGAACAGCAACGUCGUGCUCAUCUAGCACACCCGGAGAAGACAACGUCUUUCUUUUGCUCCUCACCACUUCUUCUCUUCUUCUUUUUUUCUUCUGUCUUUAUUUUUUUUAUCUCCUCUAAUCACGGCAUCACAAUCGUAUCUCUGGAAACGCUAUAGUUUUUAACCUUUAGCGCUUCACGGCAUUUUCUUCUACCACCUCCCCCUUCUCACAAGCGCUGUACUCGCCCCCCACUAUCCUCCCCCCUUCCCCUUCGGAAAUCUCUUUAACUCAUCACGAACAAUCAUUAAUUUAUUUUUUUUUCCCCCCGCAACCCAGACCAGAUGUAUAUGCAAUCGAUUGGGUCAGUACGUGGCGCAGCCCGUCAUGAACGCCGUUCCUCCGCCAAACGCGGUGUACCCUGUGAUGCCGCAGCAGUUCGUCUAUGCGCCGCAGAUGGUCAUGGCGCCGUACCCGAUGAUGUCCUCUGUGCAGGCCGCCGCGCCCAUGUAUUCCAUGGCACCUCCUCGCCAGCAGAAAAACAAGGGCAACGCCGUGCUCUUCGUUGGUCAGCUGAACUACGACGUGACCGAAAAAGACGUGCGCGAGCUGUUCUCCUACUACGGCCACGUCGUGAACGUCGUGUUGCUCAAGGACAGCAAACGCUUUGUAGGCAGCUCUGCCUUUGUGACCUUCCCCACGACCGCCGAGGCCGAUCUCGCUAUUAUGUCUCUGCACGGUCGCUGCUGCAUGGACAACCGCGAUAAGCCGUUGCAAGUGUCCUACUGCCAGAAAACGGACAUCAUCUCCGAUUUCGGCUACCGCCACGCACUGCAGCUGCACGCGGAGAACCCCGCCAACCCGAUCCCCAGCGUUGCGCCGACGCCCUCCGUUGCCUACGCUAUCAAGUUCGCGUAG